GUGGAUAUAUACAACAAAUUCGGGUGGUUUUCUUUGUGGGUUGGUUCCUCGAAGCCAUCACGACGUUUUAUCUGAGCGCGCCCACCCAACUCCCUUACGUAGUGCCCUUGUGUCCUAUUCCCUGUCCCGACGUAGCCCCACCUGUUUAUCCACCGACGAACGUUCCCUGCUCUUGCGGCCAAUGCGCCCCACAACUCUAUUGUAAUCAUCUGGCCGCCCCUAACACGCUUAUUGUCAAUCGCUUCACCGAGAUCAACUACUUCGACAACCCGCAGAGUAAUCCAGAGAAACUUGUUGGAUACGAGAUGGUAAGCGGUCUCUUGAGAUACUACUAUUACAGGCCCGUAGUAUGUUUUGUGAGAGGCAGUGACGAGCUACUGUCGCAAUCAAACGUGUCGGUUAUGGCUCCCUCCGCACCAAACAAUCAUGCCGAUAACAAUAAUCAAGAAAAUGCCAAAAAGGUGAAACUGGAACAGAAUGUAGGAAAACCAUCCCGCGUCAUUCACAUACGAAACAUUCCAAACGAUGUCACAGAGGCCGAAAUCAUCCAUCUAGGGAUUCCCUUCGGUCGGGUUACAAAUGUUCUAGUUUUAAAGGGCAAAAACCAGGCGUUUCUCGAAAUGGGUGACGAAGGUUCUGCCACGUCUAUGGUUAAUUAUUUCGCUAAUUGUAUGGCGCAGUUACGAGGAAGAGCCGUUUACGUACAGUAUUCAAAUCACAAAGAACUGAAGACCGAUCAAACACAUUCGAAUGCAUCUGUUACAUUGCAGAACGCGUCUGCUCAAGCUGCCCUUCAAGCGGCCCAAGCGAUUACUGCCACACCUACCGGAGGGACAACGGGAACGGCUACACCUCCGGUCGCCCUUACGAACGGCCAAGAAAUACAAGGUGGUCCAAAUACGGUUCUACGUGUGAUUAUAGAGCAUAUGAUUUACCCCAUCAGUUUAGAUAUACUACAUGUGAUAUUUCAGCGUUUUGGAAAAGUUCUUAAAAUUGUAACAUUUACAAAAAAUAAUUCAUUCCAAGCUCUCAUACAAUACCCGGACACGCAGUCAGCACAAACCGCAAAACAGUCGUUAGACGGACAAAAUAUAUACAACAGUUGUUGUACACUUCGAAUUGACUACUCAAAAAUGACUUCCUUAAACGUUAAGUACAACAACGACAAGUCGCGAGAUUUUACAAAUCCCACACUACCAUCGGGUGACAACGACAAUCAGUUGGCCACCCUCGGAGGUGGAUUAGGUGCUGGACUCGGUGCUGAUUUAUUGCUGUUGGCCGCACAACCACGACUUACCAGAGAACGGCUAGCAGACUCGCUACUUGCUGGUGCGCCCGGAGUACUAGCAUCGCCUUUCAUUCCGGGACUGACAUCACCGCUAGCCUCACCUUACACCGGCGGUGUUGCUGGUGCUCUUCCCGCUCUCGGCGGCUUCGCUCUAGGUCAGGCUGCUCCCGGAUUAAGAGGGCUGACCAAUCCCGGACUGGCUUUAGCGACCGUUUUGUUAGUUAGCAACCUAAACGAGGAGAUGGUCACGCCUGACGCUCUCUUUACCCUAUUUGGCGUUUAUGGGGACGUGCAGCGCGUGAAAAUCCUGUACAACAAGAAGGAUUCCGCAUUGGUACAACUGGCAGAACCGCAUCAGGCACAUUUAGCAAUCACGCACAUGGAUAAACUGAGGGUUUUCGGUAAAAAUAUUCGCGUUAUGUUGAGUAAGCAUCAAACUGUUCAAUUACCAAAAGAAGGCCAGCCGGACGCCGGAUUAACCAAGGAUUACAGUCAAAGUCCGUUGCACAGGUUUAAGAAGCCAGGCUCCAAGAACUACCAAAACAUCUAUCCGCCAUCCUCAACUUUACAUUUGAGUAAUAUUCCCGCAACGAUCAAUGAGGAUGACAUAAAGGACGCCUUCGCAAAGAACGGUUUCAAUGUAAAAGCGUUCAAGUUUUUCCCAAAAGACAGAAAGAUGGCGCUAAUCCAAUUACCGAGUAUGGACGAGGCGGUAGCGGCCCUAAUUAAGAUGCACAAUUUUCAAUUAUCCGAGUCCAAUCACCUGCGAGUGUCGUUCUCGAAGUCGAGCAUAUAAUGUCGCUUGUACAUUAUCCAGUAUUCAUUCCAGCCACUGUAUUUAAGUUAAAAAGUGCGGUGGCAAACAACACAGUGGUAGCUAGUUUUUAUUAAUAACGCUGCGCUUAUUUAUUACUACAGACUGUUCAGGCAGGAUAAGAAUUUUCGACAAAUCAGUAUAAUUUGUAGUAUUGUUUUCAUUACGAAUACGUUUAUUUUGAUUAAUCAUGUAUUGUUAGUUAUUUAGUAAAUAGUAUUAUUUACAGUCGUUUAAUGAUUGUUCUCAUUUUUUACACGUUCAUUUCCUAAUUAGGCUUAUUAUAAUUCAGUAUUGAAUGGCUUUAAUGUUGAUAAGCGAGUGUUAGACAUAGAAGAAACAUUGAAGUAAAACUCGCCGCGAUGUUAUUUUUUUGUAAGUUUAUAGAAAAAGUAUUUACUACAUGUUAAAUAAUUUAGAUUACGUAAAUGCAACAGAGGACUAUUUCAUAUCAUAAGCAAAAGGACAGUAGUUGAUUUUAUUUUUUGAUGAAAAUUAAAUGUGACCGAUGAUAAUUUUCGAUACGAUAUGAAAUAAUUCUGUUGGCGCUGUUAGAGAUGAUGUCGCGGAUUUUAGUAGUAAUGUAAGUUAGGUUAGUAUUAGCGGUAAAUUAGCCAGUGAUAGUAUAUAGGGUAUUACAGGGUGUAGUUGUACCCUACAAUAUGAAUGUUUCUCAAGGUAGCUAUGAGGAUUGUUCAUAUUAAAGAUGUGGGCCUGCACCUUUCUCAAUUUGAAACUUAACUAUCUCUAAAAUGAAUCUCCAAAUUAUUUUUACAAAGUGCACGCCUGCAUCUCACAUUAUAUAUAUAUGGUAUAUGCGUAUCUCUAUCUAUAUACUAUUAUUAUACACGUUGACAAUCAUUAUUAUCAUACCUAAAAUGCAACAUGUCGGAUGUGCGAUCAAAAUUUCAUCGUUGAUUUCUAUCAAAAAGCUUCACCAACAUAUCGCAUGCAUGCAUUGCCAAAUUUGAAGUCAAUAUCUACGUUAAUAAGUGUACAUCUAUAUGUGUUAUAGAUCUAUUUUUUUAAUCAUUUUCUGCUAAUUUUUAUGUACGCACAAAAUGUCUUUCACACAACAUUUAUGUUCUACCUUGUGAUUGUGUUUUUUUAAAGUAGUAUUAUUUUAUGACUAUUUAGUUUGUAGUUGCUUUCCAAUUUUUUUUUGUAAUUUGCAUUUUUCGUUUUUUGUUGCAUUAAAUUUCAUUUAAAACUUUUUCAA